AUGGAACUUGCUUGUUUGAGUAACCUAAUCAUGACACCAGAUUUUGAUGAACUUCCUAAUCUUGAAAGAUUCAUUCUUCGUGGAUGUCGGUGUUUAAAAGAGAUUCAUCCGUCGAUUGGACGGUUGAAAAGGCUUGUUUUCCUGUCUAUAGAAUUUUGUGCUGGUCUUAAGAUAUUUCCUCCCAUUACACAACUAAAGAAACUCGAGACCUUUUCCUUAUCGCAUUGCCCAAAACUUUUUAAGCUCUCAUGGAUCGAAAGGAACUUGAACAGUGUACCAUUUCUUCAUUUGAAUAAUAGUGGGAAAGGAGUAGCAUCUUCUAAGAAAACUUCAUCAAACAUUUUUGCUACUUGUUGGGCGUGUGGUGACACAGAAGUUAAAAAACCACAAGAGAACCUCAGUGAUGUAGAAGAAUGUUAUUUAGAGGAGGCUUGUUUACAUCACAACAGCAUGAACCACCAUACUCUAUUAAGGUUUUUUCCCAAAUCCUUAAGAAAGUUAAAUCUCAGGUACUGUAAUUUGGGAGAUAUAGGCAUUGGUUCUGCUGUUUGGGAGUUACCCAACUUGGAAGAACUCAUUCUAAAAGAAAAUGAAUAUUCGCAUUUAAAUUUUAGUCUCUUGCAACUUCCUCGGCUAAAAUGGCUCGAUGUAUCACGCUGCACAAAACUUGUAGAAUUGUCAGAACUGCCAUCAAGUAUAGUUGUUGUUAUAGCAGAUGGUUGUGACUCACUUGAAAGCAUUGGAGAUAUUUCAAACUGUAAAUGGUUGCGGAAAGUCUCACUUCUGGGGGUGAAAAAUCUUCGGCCAUGGGUUGGUGACAUAUUAGUACGCUCUAUGCUCCAGGGUAAUGCUGUUGAAGAUCAUUUUAUCAGUGUCGCUCUCGAACAUCAGAUGAUUCCAAAGGGGUUGAUAGGUAGGCUUCAUAGGUUGAAAACGUUUAAACUCCCUCUUCCACAUGAUUGGCGCAAUGACUUUUGUGGAUUUUUGAUAUGCAUUAUCACCAACACAAGACAUCCGAUCAUAAAUAUAAUCAUCAAGCGAGAGGCGGAUGAGGAUUCUCGAUCUGAGCUUUGGCAGGAAUCUAAUGAAGCACCAGAUUCUAAAUAUGGUAAAAGUGUGUCACUCGUAGGAUAUGUUUCCUUCAGUUCAUUGAGUCGAACAGGAUACUUGAAUUCAACAUACAAUAUGAUUUCUUUUUCCAUCUACGGAAAGAAUUGGAGUGGGCCGGAAGCUAAUAGUUAUGUUGGAGCUGAACUCGUUCCUAGGAAAAGUAAAGGUGAUGAUCAGGUGCAAACAACAGACUGGUCAGAGUUUUGGGACAAGGACCAUGAACAUGGAAAUACAUUUACAAUCCACCGUGAAGCACAUUCUUCUAUCAAGAUCUUAUGGCAACCUUACUACUGCACACAGCCCCAUAGCAAGCAUAGGACAUGCUACAGUGCUUGUCAACAGCAAGUAGUUGUGAAAGUGGACAUAUAUAGCUAUGAAGACAUAGAGAAGGCUAUGUUGGAAGUUAUCCACCUUUCAGGGGUGGAGUCCGUAUCACUCAUGAAAGACACGAUGGACGUGGAAUUGGCAGUGAUUGGAGAUGUUGAUCCAGCUGAUAUCGUCGUAAGACUUAGAAAGUGUUGCUACGCAGAGAUAGUGACCACUGGACCAGCUAAAGGUUGGUAGAAGCUUAAUGGGGGUUCAAUACUUUGUUCAAAGUGUAUAAGAGCAUCCAAAUGGUUGUGUAGAUGUAUUAAUUAGUACAUGUAUAUUGGAGUACUUUUCAAAAUCUCACGAGGGAAAUGGGCAAUGUACAAGAAAAGAUGCAGUAGGUACAUGUGUAUAGGGUUGGCUUUGGAUUGAUGAUACCAAUACAUAUUGAUGUAACAACACCCACUUAGUUAUCUUUCAGAUAUAUGCAUGUGUUGUGCAUGCUUUGUUAGUUUCAGUUUGUCAUUUUUAUAUUUAUACAUUAUUUGCUUUUUCAGUUUAGCUUUUGAUCAUUUCCUGUUUAGUAGUAGACACAAGUUAGUGG